UUAGCUUAGCGCUUAGCCGCGUUCAUCUUUGUACGUGUGAGGCCGACACCGGUGUGUUUGGAGGACGGUCAGGUGACACAACGACCUUUAUAACACACCACACCAUCCCGGGUAUGGGCUUCAACAUCAACAGCCGUCUAUGAUUAUAUCUGGGUAAGACAGGCAGACUGAAUCAUCAAGAUGGCUUGUUUAAAAUGUCACUUGUCACUUCCUGUGGCAGCGGGUGUAAUGUUGGUGGGACUCCCAUACUCUAUCUCUCUAGCUGCUCAGUGGCUUUACGGCUGGCCCAACAAGCCUGGAUAUAAGAAGUACAUAGAAGCUUUAAAACCAAGGCGAAUAUACUGUUUGUCCAGAGCUGUGCUGGAAACUGUCAAAUAUCUGCAAUAUGGGCGACUUUACUUUCAGUGGAAGUCGUGGUACAAGGAUGCUGAAAACCAUAAGCAUUAUGAAAAGGGCAUCACAUUUGGUCGCCGAGGCAACAAGUUGGACUUGUACCACCCUCCAAACACAGGUGGGUCUAAAGACGUGCCUACACCGCUGGUGGUUUUUAUCUACGGAGGAGCAUGGGGCUCUGGGGAAAGAUCCAUUUACUGUUUGCUGGCCAGGCAGAUGGCUGAAGAACUACAUGCAACUGUAAUUUGUCCUGACUACUGCACGUAUCCAAAGGGGAACGUUUUAGGGAUGGUCCAAGAUAUUGCUGACUGCUUGGUUUGGGCCCAAGAGAGCGGACCGAAGUUCAACUUUGACAAAGACAACAUAGUCUUAAUUGGCCAUUCAGCAGGUGCACACUUGUGUGCACUGACCACACUGUUUCUUAUUGAUGCAAGAGAGAAUCUUUUCAUAGAGGCCAGCAGGCAGAGAGACAUUACAAUGGCCAUAAGAGGAGUUAUUGGUCUGAGUGGUGUAUACAACAUCAUGGACCAUUAUGAGCACGAGCAGAAGCGAGGAGUUGAGUAUGUCUCCACCAUGCACAAAGCCAUGAAUGGAGUGGAAAACUUCCCGUACUACUCACCAACACAGAUACUGAGGGAAUUCAGCCAGGACAAGCUGAGCAGAGUGCCUACAUUUGCUUUGCUCCAUGGGACCAGUGACAUUAUCGUUCCUGUUGCAUCUUCCACAAAGCUCUCUGAGCUCCUCACCUCGCUGUCCAUAAAGGUGUCGCUCUACCUGCUGCCAAGAGUUGACCACACUGAGAUUGUCACCGACCUCAUGGCGUCAGACAGGCGCUUCUACCAUGCCAUAUACAGCUGUAUCAAACAGGAGUACAGAAAACUUUUGGGCAUCUGCUGACAAUCUCAUCAGAUCAGAAAAAACAUCCAUUAACCACUUUUAUUUAUUGAUUGUGGCACACUUACUUUGUUUACAGUAUCUGCUCUAAUACCUCAAAAUGAAUCUUAUUUAGUUUUGACAUUUAACGUUAUUCUUUGGGAUUCCAUAAAAAUGAUUUACAUUUUGUACUGUUCUGUGAUUGUAACUGAUUAAAAUCAUGAAUUGCAUCUGACUGAUUUUGAAUCCAUAAUCUGAAAAAACUUUUCUCAGUGGAGUGUAUCAGUGAAAAUGUACAGUGAAGCAAUAACUGUAAUAUACAAGGAGAAGGAGAGAAGCACAGUAUUACAAAGUCCAAAACUUUGCCUCUUUUUAUUAACUACAUUAUGUUCUACUGACAUGAAAUCAUUUUAUUAACUUGCAUGUUUUUAUCAAAUGAAACUUGUUUAUUGAUCACAGACACAUUAAACUCCUGAAGGAACAGA